AUGGAUCUGUUCGGUUCUCAGCCAACUGCCGUUGAUUCUUCGAGAGAAUCUCUAGAAGUCGACGACAGUGCAGCGAAAGACCGGCAAAAGUUGAGGACAUCGAUGAUUCAGGAGCUGGUCACAGCUACUACAAAGCCAGUCAGCAGCACCGUAAGCAGCACUCCGAAGUCGAGUAAAACAGGCCCAGUAGAGUCAACGACCCCAUCAGCAACAUCAAUUACGACUGCUGAGCCCAGAAAGGAGACAUCAGAAGUUGAGUUCGAUUCCAAGACGUCGGCAGCCGCUGUAGAACCUACACCGCUAAAAAGCACAUCCGCGACGCCGGGUGCGACUUCAGAAGUGAAAUCAGACCAUGCUGCAACAAGUCAGACUAGUGAAAGCUCUACACCUACUGAAGCUAGUACCGAUGCCACUACCACAUCGGAGGAGCCAUUAGCACUACUGAACCGAGCCUUACUAGUGGAACAACACCUUCUACAGAAGCUAGUACCACUACCACGGAAGAUGCACAAAUCGCUUCCUCCACAACACCCAUGCUCACCACGAUCUCUUCACCCGAAGUUCCGACCACCACCACUGUUCUAUCCAACAACCACUACACCAGCUAUCUCUUCAACUACCUUGUUUUCAACUGCCUCACUGGAAACCACGACCGUAGCCUCUACUUCGGCACCAGAGAGUGCUACGGGGAGCACGAAAUCGAUCUCUGAAUCCACUUCAGAAACCAGCAAUGAACCUUCAGCCGUUUCAAAGUCCAUCGAGCCAGCUGUUACGUCGUCAACAGUUCUCCCGGAAACCUCAACCGAACAGAGCGCAUCAUCAGCUGCGGAAGCCUCUCCGUCGACCAAGGGAGCCAAAACAGGUGUGUCAGCAAGUGAGGAUGGACCCAGUCUCAAAGUAGAAGAUCGAGAUGAAGCAUCCGACUCCACGUCGAACAGGACAACCCCGGAGACGCUAAUUGAGAAAGUGGAAUUCAUACAGUCACGUAAAGAUUUACCAGAAAGAUGGAAAGGGCUUAUUCAACGGCUGAAGAAAAAACUGGAAGCGUUAAAAGCUCAGAAAGAACGCUUGAAGUCACUUUCUACGAGCACAACGCCUUCAUCUUCGCACGAUGAAGAAAUAGUGUCCAUUGAAAGGACCACAGUCACCAAUUCUUCACCUCAUAUCCUUGAAUUCGAGUCUAUCUCUACCACGACAGAAAGAACCAAAUCGGUCACAGACGAAAGUGCAUUUGUAACAGCCUCGCUUGGAAGUACUUCUACUCUCAGUUCGGAAUCAACAACCACACAACCUGAGAAAGCUACAAUCGCAACUACUACGACCACUGAAGAAAGAAAAGCUUUUAGCCGCGAUCAAGCAGAUGAAGUUACAAAGGACAGCGAACAGGAACAACGGUCUACUGCGCCGGAAGUGACUUUCACCACAACGCAGCCAUCUACUGCAAUAUCCAAAGAAACUACUACAGCGUCAGAGAGCACAGUGCGUAGUACUCCAAAAGAUAUAACUACAAUGACGCCCAGUUCCACGCUAAGCUCACCUUCUUCCACACAAACCAGCAGUACUAAGGAGAAACCCACAGAAAGCAGCCCAACAUCUGUUCCCGAUGCUACUACUGAGACAGGGGUGACAUCUGAAACAGCUCCAGACCGUAUACCCGAAAACGCACAGAAAGUGGGUAGUUUUCUAAUUCUAAAUCCGGCAGCAAUAUCUUCCUCAGAAGAAUCAAGCGACAGACAGAAGUCAUCCGGCUCAUCGAAAUCAGUAGAGGAAACAACAUUUUCUCCAUUGCCUGCAACUACUUCUUCUGGCUCCCUUGCUUUCACAAUUGGAGAGUCUCCUUCGCAAACCAAUCUAUUCUCUUCUGUCAUAAAAAGCUUCGUCGCAAAAACAUCGCAGGAAACCCCAACGACAAGGAGUAUUGAAACCACAACUGAGGAACAGUUGUCGAUGCAGAAGACCGACGAUUUCGAGAAACGGAUAAGGGAAGAACGAAUCCGUUUUGAGCAGGCCAGGCAUCUUCGUGAACAACAGCAACGACUAGAACAACAACAGGGAACAGAAACUGAUCGAGUCUUGCGAGAAGAGCUCAAGAGGAGAAGUGAAGAAAUGCAGAGACAAUUAGAAGAGCAAAAAGCUACCGAAUUGAGGCAUCAACGAUUGUUUGAAGAACAGCAACGACUUGAGGAGGAGCGUCUGCGAAAGAUCGCCGAAGAAAAGCAGCCGCGAGCGGUCUUGCAGAAUUUGACGGCUCCACAAUUGCUAUCUGCAUCACGAGACCACAACAAAACCAACCUCGUACAGUGUGCUGCAAUUAACAAGUUCACUCGUGUAUUCCACAUAACUAAUCCAUCAUCAUGGAUUGCCAAAAAUUGCCAAUUUGCAAAAAGGUACUUCCCACAAGCUUCUUGUCCGCAGAUUCAAUCAUUAAUUGAAUCAUGUUUUGUAAUGAUAGUUUAA